CGCGCCCUCAGUACAAUUCUUGUUUCCGCAUUCGGUGCGAACGAGUCUCCAUUCCCGCUCCUACACUAUCCGCCUUUGCUAACUCCGACUAUUAGCGGAGACUGAGAGUCUCAUCUCGGCUAGAGAAAAAGCCAUGGCUUCCAAUCCCCCCCCUCCCAUCGGCGGCAUACAGCCGAUGACCCUCCCGGAGGUUCAGGAGCGCAUCGACCAGCUCUAUGGCGACCGCAACGCGAAGAACUUUCGCCAAGGCCUGGGUAAGGGGCUGAUGUCCGUCGGUAAGGGCGUCUUCGCGGGCGUCGGAGGGAUGGUUGCAGCGCCAAUUGCGGGACUUGUACAGCAAGGCCCGAUUGGGCUCAUCAAAGGAACAAUGGUGGGCGUCGCGGGGCUCGUCGUUCUCCCUACCGUCGGAAUCGUGCAAGGCGCGCAGCAGCUAGGGACGGGGAUUAAGAACACUCCCGACUAUAUUCGCGAGAUGAUGAAGAAGGAUAAGAGCGAGGAGGAGGCGGAGAAGAUGGAGUUAUUAGAUGAUGACGCCGACGCGGAUAGUGUUAACGAGGAGACUUACUCGCACACGCGCGAGACCGUCGAGAAGAUCGCGCUGGAUGACGCCGCAGCAGCAGCCGCCGCGGCCGCCGCGGAAAAGCGGGAGAAGAGGGAGGUCAAGGACGACGCGCUCUACGUGGUCCUGGAGGUGUCGACCGACGCGACGUCUGUGGAGAUUAAGAAGGCGUAUUACAAGCUGGCGCGUACGUGCCAUCCGGACAAGAACCCCGACGACGAGACCGCCAAGGCGAAAUUCCAAGCGGUGGGCGAAGCCUACCAGGUCCUCAUGGAUCCUGACAAGCGCGAGAAGUACGACCGCUUCGGCCGCGCGGCCCUGGACGACACGUUCAUGGAUCCCGGCGCUUUCUUCACCAUGUCCUUCGGCGCGGAUAAAUUCAAGCCGCUGGUCGGGGAGCUCACUAUCGCGUACACUGCGGCCGGGAAUCUGACGGUUGCUGAGGUGAAGAAGUGGCAGGCGACGAGGGAAAAAGAUCUCGCCGCGAUUCUGCUCAAGAGGCUGGAGCCGUGGCUGGCGGGGGACGAGGAGGGGUUUGUGCGCGACGCGGUGGCGCAGGUGGAGGAUCUCAAGGGGGAGGCGUUUGGCCUGGCGUUCCUGCACUGUAUCGGCUACACCUACUACACGCGUGCCCAGGUGCUGCUGGGCAUGACGGUCAUGCUGGGCAUCCCCAACUUCGUGAACGUGGUGAAGGAGUCCGGCCACGCCAUAAAGACCCGCCACAACGCCAUCGACGCCGCGUUUAAGCUUUCUGAGAUGCAGGUCAGUGUGGACCCGGCUAAGCCCCCAGCGAGCAGCCCAACAUGCACCAGUUCCUCAACUCCGUGUGGAUGUUAAGCGUGCUGGACAUAGAGAGUACACUGCGCCACGUGGUGGAGCUUGUAGUGAAGGACAAGACAGCUUCUAAAGAGGACAGGAAGAAGAGGGCCAGCGGGAUCAUGCGGCUGGGGAAGAUCUUCCAAGGGGCGUAGAGGAGCGUUCGACGAGGAGCAUGACAGGAUAAACCACGGUUUCCCUGAACUCCCAGGGAAAGCGCAAUUUUUCAGUGUAGUUUCAUGCCAUUUGUUCAGUGGAUUGUAGUGGAGCGGAGUGGAGUGGAGUGGAGUAGAGCGGACUACUGGCUUGGGACUUCGGACCGGAAAUAAUCCCAGGAGCAUGAGAGCAACACUGGCUGGGAGGUCAUCGGUCAAAAGAUCAGAAAGCAGUACUGCCUGAAUACAGCCCCUAAGUUCUAAGUGUGACUGGGAAUUGUCUUGUUUCUGUUGCUUUUUGCAUAGCUGGUCUUUAUUAUCCUAAUAUUCACAUUUAUCAUCACUACAUAAAUUUCCUUCCGAUUC